CGACAAUAAAUUGAUUGGAGUUUCGUCAUACUCACAGGACCUAAGACUCUCAUAGCGCGUCGUCAAAACUUACACUUCGCUGCUAGUUCGAGAACUUUCGCAUUGUCACCACAACGUGGGCUCCGCGGACAUGGCAAGGUCACGACAAAUAACCGCUCUUGCGGCCUUGAGCUGCCGAUUCCCCAAAUUCGCCUUCAAGCACAGCCCGCCACUCGCAUCGAGCGCUCGCCAUUUUUCGUCCACUGCAUUAAAUUUACGACACGCGCGAAUCCCCCUUGAAAUCCCUCCGCCGUUCCCUGUGACCAAGUCAUGCCCGGAGCCCGGCUGCUCAUGUCCUCCCACGCCCGAUCUGCCCGCACCCAUCGACCACGAGCAGGCCCUCAAUGGCACCAUGGCGGCGUACGCGCAGCAACUGCUGGUGUGCACCGGCCAGAGGGACUGGACGAGUCGUAUCGAGGAUGACGGGAAGGGACAGAACUGGGGGGAGCUCGUCCGAGGGUUGAAGGGUCUACUCGGACGCGGGGGGCGAUUUGCCGACCCAUAUAACAACAUCCUCGUCACGAAUUCCUCGUUCGCGCCUUCAUCACCGGCUUCCCAAACCGCGUCCGCCUUUCUCUUCCCCAGCUUCAAAUACUUCCCCUCCGUCCCAACCCAGAGCACAUCCUCCACGAACCCUGACCUCUCGACCUUCAUCCAGGCACAUCUUCUCCCGAUCAAGUCGCGACACGGCGGCCUCACGCGCCGCCAGGAACUGGCCGCCGAGUUCCCGGACGCCGUCGACCUGCGGCACUCGCCCGUUGUCCUGAUCUGCGGGCACGGCGGCCGCGACAUGCGCUGCGGCGUGAUGGCGCCCGUCCUGGAAGCAGAAUUUCAACGUAUGCUGCGCGAAAGAGGGUUCGCGUCCACUGGCCGCAACGGCGAUGUGGUGGACAGUCCCGACCACGCGCAUGUCGGGCUGAUCAGCCACAUUGGAGGGCACAAGUACGCCGGGAACGUUAUCGUCUAUAUUCCUCCUGGCAUGACGGCCGGGCGAGACGCGUCGUCCUCAACGUCCCAUCCGCUGGCCGGUAAGGGGAUCUGGUAUGGGCGCAUUGAACCCAAGCAUGUGCAGGGCGUGGUCGAGGAGACUAUCCUGGGAGGCAGGGUGAUUGCAGACCAUUUCCGCGGGGGUAUUGAUCGGGAUGGUGGGAUUCUGCGACUUUGAUGAAUCGGGUUAUCGUAGAUGGAUAGAUUCUUUUGGCCCUGGUUCGUUGCGCAUGGUAUAUUGCUCGUUCUGUAUACUAGCGGAGAGUUACCUUAGAUUUGUCCGAUAUUGACAAGAUAUCGACAGGAUAGAAUUCACG